AUGUUGUCUUUAAUUCCAACAAUUAAUUCCCUCCACGUUGAUGAGCGACCAUUAACUUAUACAGCUGAGUUGUCUGACUGGUAUUUUGAAAGAAGUAGUCGUGAACAGGCAGCUCAAUUUACAAUUGGCAAGUGGAGUAAAUUAAAUAUGCUUUCCCUUCCAGAGUCUAUUGGGCUCUCAAAAACUCGAAGUUAUAGAUCGGGCGAACAAGAACUAAAUUCAAAUGAUAAAGUCAGACUUCCACCGCUAUCGUCUUUGCUUCCAAAACCAGUAUAUUCUGAAUCAUCACUUAACAUGCCAGAGACAACAGAGGCUCCACAUUUCUGGCCUUCUGCAUCAUGUUGUUUCAGUUAUUAUUCAAUAGCCCAACCACUAACUUCAUCAAGCUCAUUGUCGUCAUCGUCAUCAUCGCCAUGUUCCUCUUCAGCAUCGGCGUCGUCGGCGUUGCUAUUGGCAGCGCCACUAUCUUCAUCGUCAUCAACACAACUCUCGUCAUCUUUCCCGUAUCCUACCCAACCAACUAGAAUUAACGAACCAGCAUUAAUGAUCCCUCACUUUGCUAUACACAAUGGUACUCCAUCUUUGGCUCAUUACCAAGCUACUAUUGAAAGACUUCAGCCAACCCCAUCGCUCAGUACAAAUCCGAGAAGUGUCCCAAACUGGAGAGAUUACGACCCCAAGAAAACAUGCACCGUCUGUGGCAGACAUUGUACAAGACCUAGCACACUCAAAACUCAUAUGCUAAUUCAUACAGGCGAAUUACCGUUUGAGUGUAACUGGCCUGGCUGCAGAAAAAGAUUCAACGUCAGAAGCAACAUGAAAAGACAUCUAAAUUCUCACAAGAGGAAACUAAUAAAAAAAACAGAUAAUGUAGCUCAGCAACUGAUUUUUAGACCACAGUUUCCAAAACUGUUUAACUCUACCAUUCAUUGA